AUGGACUUCAACUCGAUGCUCAAGGGCGCCUUGCCCUCCUUUGGGGGUAACGGGACCAGCCUCGGAGACAACAUGAGCACCAAACACCUGCCCGACGGCGUCGCGCAGCUCCUGCCCCUGCUCGGCGGCCGCUUCAACCCCCUGAUGCAGACCUUCAUGGUCGUGUACGAGAUGCUCGCCAAGCGGCUGGGCCUGGACCCGGGCGUCAUCCUCACGCUCUUUGGCUUCCUCUGGGCCUUCAACAAGGUCGGGCGCCAGAUCUACACGAAUGUGUACAGCCUCGUCCAGGAGUAUCUGAUGGCGAGCAUCCACAUCAGCAGCAACGACGAGAUCUAUCUGCACCUGAUGAAGUGGCUGGCGCGGCAGCCCACGAUGGUCAGCUCCCGGUCUCUCAUGGCCGAGACGGUUGGGAAGACGGCGUGGGAGGACGAGGACGAGUCUGAUGUUCUCAAGACGAGGAUCUCGCCAGAUGGCAGUGGCGUCUACCUGAAUUUCUCAAAUCAAGAAGCCAAAGCACCGCCUCGAUUCAUCCCGGCCAUGGGUACCCACGGCUUCAAGUUUAACGGGAAGUACUUCCGACUUCGCCGCAAGCAAGAGUCAUUCAUGGAGGACUCUCACCAAUCAGGAGGCAUGGCUUUCAAGGACAAGGAGAACCUUGUGAUUUCCUGCUUCGGUUGGUCUCCGACUCCCAUCAAGAAGCUCCUCCAACACUGCAAGGAGGCGUACUACUCGGACCACCACGCCCGCACCAUCGUCAAGCGGCCCAACUCGCAAAACGUCCGGCGCUUCGGCGGCCGCAACGCCUGGCUCCAGGUCGCCAACCGGCCCGUCCGGCCCAUGAAGACGGUCGUCCUCGACGGCAAGCAGAAGGUCCAGGUGCUGUCCGACAUCAACGAGUACCUGCACCCGGCCACGCCCCGCUGGUACGCCAACCGCGGCAUCCCCCUGCGCAGGGGGUACCUCUUCCACGGGCCCCCCGGCACGGGCAAGACGUCGCUGUCCUUUGCGCUCGCCGGCGUCUUCGGCCUCGACAUCUACGUCAUCAGCCUGCUCGAGCCGUCCCUCUCCGAGGAGGACCUCUCGGCGCUGUUUAACACGCUGCCGCGCCGCUGCGUCGUCCUGCUCGAGGACAUCGACACGGCGGGCCUCAGCCGGCCCGGCGACCCGAGCAAGGACGGCGGCGGCGGCGGCCCCGACGGCAAGGGCGGCGGCGGGGACGGCAUCCCGCCCAACGAGUGGAGGGUGGCGGACCUCGCGCGCGCGCUCAAGGAGAAGGGCAACGACCCCAACGAGAAGAAGGGCAUCUCGCUGUCGGGCCUGCUCAACGCCAUCGACGGCGUCGCCUCGCACGAGGGCCGCGUGCUCAUCAUGACGACCAACAAGCCCGAGUCGCUCGACGAGGCGCUCAUCCGCCCCGGCCGCGUCGACCUGCAGGUCGGCUUCACCAACUCGACGCAGGAGCAGGCGCGCGAGCUCUUUGAGCGCAUGUACGAGGCCGAUCACCACCACCACCACCACCACCAUAACAAGCCCUCGUCGUCCGGCCCUGGUGCUGCUGCCGGCGGUGCCAACGGGCACAUUGUCGACAACUUCUCGUCGAGCCAUAUGAACGGCAGCGCGGCAGGGCCACGGAAGGACGGGGAGGACGGGGAGCAGCAGGCGACGACGACGGCCGAGAUCAGCCACGACGAGCGCCUGGACAUGUCGCCCGAGGAGCUGAAGCGCAUCGCGGCCGAGUUCGCGGACAAGAUCCCCCAGGGCCGCUUCUCGCCGGCGGAGCUGCAGGGGUUCCUGCUGAAGCGCAAGAAGAACCCGCGCAGGGCGCUCGAGGAGGUCGGCCGCUGGGUCGAGGCCAUGGUGCAGCUCAAGGAGAGCAAGACCAAGGUGCUGCAGGUGCAGUGA